GCUCGGGAGCCCUUCGCUUGCGGGCGCCCUCCCGUCUCGGUCCCCGCCUUUCCUGGACCCCCUUCCUGGGCGACUCCGGCGGGGUCCCCGCCCCGGCCCCCGGGAGGCACCAUGACCGACACCCGGCGGCGGGUGAAGGUUUACACGCUCAACGAGGACCGGCAGUGGGACGACCGGGGCACCGGGCAUGUGUCGUCCGGCUACGUGGAGCGGCUGAAGGGCAUGUCCCUGCUUGUCAGGGCCGAGAGCGACGGUUCUCUACUUUUAGAGUCCAAAAUAAAUCCUAACACUGCAUACCAGAAACAACAGGAUACUCUGAUUGUGUGGUCUGAAGCAGAAAAUUAUGACUUGGCCCUUAGCUUUCAAGAAAAAGCCGGGUGUGAUGAAAUUUGGGAGAAAAUAUGUCAGGUUCAAGGAAAAGACCCUUCAGUGGACAUCACUCAGGACCUCGUGGAUGAAUCUGAAGAGGAGCGUUUUGAUGAUAUGUCAUCACCAGGUUUAGAGUUGCCAUCUUGUGAAUUAAGUCGCCUGGAAGAAAUUGCAGAACUUGUGGCAUCAUCUUUACCUUCCCCCCUUCGUCGUGAAAAACUUGCACUAGCACUGGAAAAUGAGGGUUAUAUUAAAAAGCUCUUAGAGCUUUUUCACGUGUGUGAAGAUUUGGAAAAUAUUGAAGGACUGCAUCACUUGUAUGAAAUUAUCAAAGGCAUCUUCCUCCUGAAUCGAACUGCUCUUUUUGAAGUUAUGUUCUCUGAGGAAUGUAUAAUGGACGUCAUUGGAUGUUUAGAGUAUGAUCCUGCUUUAUCACAACCACGAAAACACAGAGAAUUUCUAACAAAAACAGCCAAGUUUAAAGAAGUGAUUCCCAUAUCAGAUCCUGAGCUGAAACAAAAAAUACACCAGACAUACAGAGUUCAAUACAUACAGGAUAUGGUUCUACCUACCCCUUCAGUCUUUGAAGAAAACAUGUUGUCAACACUUCACUCCUUUAUCUUUUUCAAUAAGGUAGAGAUUGUUGGUAUGUUACAGGAAGAUGAAAAGUUUCUGACAGAUUUGUUUGCACAACUAACAGAUGAAGCAACAGAUGAGGAAAAAAGACAGGAAUUGGUUAACUUUUUAAAAGAAUUCUGUGCGUUUUCUCAAACGCUGCAACCUCAGAACAGAGAUGCUUUUUUCAAGACUCUGUCAAACAUGGGCAUAUUACCAGCCUUAGAAGUCAUCCUCGGCAUGGAUGAUACACAGGUGCGAAGUGCUGCUACUGAUAUAUUCUCAUACUUGGUUGAAUAUAAUCCAUCCAUGGUACGAGAGUUUGUCAUGCAGGAGGCACAACAGAAUGAUGAUGAUAUUUUGCUCAUCAACCUCAUUAUAGAACAUAUGAUUUGUGAUACAGAUCCUGAACUUGGAGGAGCAGUCCAACUUAUGGGCCUGCUUCGAACUUUAGUUGACCCAGAGAACAUGCUAGCCACUGCCAAUAAAACAGAAAAGACUGAAUUUCUGGGUUUCUUCUAUAAGCACUGUAUGCAUGUUCUCACUGCUCCGUUACUGGCAAAUACAACAGAAGACAAACCUAGUAAAGAUGAUUUUCAGACUGCCCAGCUAUUGGCACUUGUAUUGGAAUUGUUAACAUUUUGUGUGGAGCACCAUACCUACCACAUAAAGAACUACAUUAUUAAUAAAGAUAUCCUUCGGAGAGUCCUAGUUCUUAUGGCUUCGAAACAUGCUUUCUUGGCAUUAUGUGCCCUUCGUUUUAAGAGAAAGA